AGGAAAGUGAACAAAGAGGACUUCAUCUGAUACCCUGCAACUACUACAGCACGUCGACUAAGUUGUAGAAACCAAAAGCAAAACACAAGCAAGGAGAGGAACAACUAGACCCACUAGUCUUCGUCUUCAGGGGUCGUGGUCGCAAAAGAAGAAACCAUCAUGCUCGGCCUCCGUCCCAACAUCGCCAAACUGCCCGAGAUAUGCACUGCAAAAGUAUCGUACAACUCGUAUAGAGCCAUGCAUAGCAAAUUUCCCCAGCAUGAGAAAUAAAAUUUGUAAUGCGGAUUUAGCUUAAGAACAAGAUUUGUAGUGCAUGGCUGCAAUUACUAUGAGUGCGAUACUUUUGCAGCUCAUACGAGAGGGGUAACAGCUGUGCGGCAGAAACCGCAAGGAAAACCACCGGCAGCCUCUACUACGACUUUGCGGACAGAAAGGCACGAACUUUGUCGAGCGGGCAAGAACUUGCGGCCGCUGCUAUAACCCGUUCAGGUGUUACAAUCUCAAACGGUACAAUAGAAUUUGGAUUUUGUGUUGCAUGACGAGCAUGACAGACUCGGACAGCAUUCCACUUUGCGCAAUACAAAUUUCGCCAGAUUGUAGCGCGGUUUGGGACUCCAGAACUUGUCAUGCGCAAACCUAUGAGAGUCGGCUACAUAAUGCACCUCUUGCAUCACAGAUUUCGAUAUUCUAUUGUAACAUUUGAGAUUGUAACACCUGAGCAGAUUAUAGCUGCUGGUGCAACGAGUUCGACUUCCACCAAAACCACCAGAUUCAAGUAUCAAAAGGAAAAAUCUUCCCUCCCCAUAUCGAAACGGUACGAUUCCGAAAAUUUGUGUUGCUGAUUUGAGACCACAAAUCGGGUCUGUCUUGCAAGGAGAUAAGCGCAGAGGCUUCCGCGCCAUUAUGGAAGCGAUUUGGCAUGCUGUUGGGCCUAGGGGACGCACGUUUGUAAUGCUAAACAACUAGACCCAAGCGCCCCUAUCUAGGCUGAGGAUCUGGCUGCGAUGCCUUACUGCAAGACAGCGCGCAUUUGUGUACGGAAAUCCCGCAUCACAGAUUUCCGUGUUGAUAUGGGGAGCGGGGCUUUUUCAUUUUGAUAUCAAGUCCGCAGCCGCGAAGCCGAUCUCGUCGAACCCGCAGCAAUUUCCAAUCGCCGCUUUGUCCGCAUUAUGAAUUGCAAAAGUAUCCGAUACUUGUAUAAAAAAUGCAUUACAAAUUUCCUCAGCAUGAGAAAGAAAAUUUGUAAUGCGAAUUUACCUUGACAAAAUACAAUUGUAAUACAACGAGUAUCAGAUACUUUUGCACAGGAUACGCAUCCAGACUUGCUAAGGAAGAGCUGGAUGACGGGCCUAUUUUGGUGGCGUGCCAUAUGGGGAUGUCAGGAUCGAAAUCGUCAAAGUUGAAAUAAUCUGUAAUGCAAAAAAGCCAUACCAGCUGGAGCCCAGUUUGCAAGUGGCGCAUGACAAAUUUUGGCAGCAUGGAAAUCCAAUUUGUCAUGCUGCUUGGGCAGAGAAAACUGCUUUUGUCAUGCUAUUUUAGCAGCUCUGUCUCACACCCCAAACAGGAUUAUAAUCGGCCUCAGUUGGCUGCUCUGCAAGACAGGCACUUUGCGUCUAGCAUUUUAUGCAUCACAAACUAUUUCAACUUUGACGAUUUCAAUUCUGACGCUUCCAUAUGCCAGAAGCCGGUCGCAGUUUUGAAGGCACAAGAGGGCUUGAGAAAGAAGAGGCUUGGGGAGAAAAUUUUGCCGGAGACCGUGAGGGCAGAAACGUAGUGAAAUAAACUUUGAUCAUAUAAGAUGAUGAAUUUCUCACUGACAAAGCUAUUUUAGUAAUUUUUUUUGUAUGAUGCUCUUGCAGUUGUCUAGAAUGCAAUUUAUCGUGCUACAGUUAACUUCACUGCAUGAGACGAGAAGAAACUUGGUGUAGUCAUGCGUCUUUUGCAAUUACAACUGCGUUAUCAAAUGUAAAAAUGUCUGGGUCUGGAAGAUUCAUGCUGUUUUUGCAUGACACAGAAGGUCUGGCAUGGAAGCUCUAGCAUCACAGGUUUCGAGAAGCUUCCGCAAUGCCGAACCCGCAUGAGAAAUCCCCUAUUUUGGCGACAGAAUUGAGCAGCUUUUGCUACCGAUGCAUGAGAGAUUUUUCUGUGUUCGAAAAUGCGCAUCACAAGUUCGGAUCCUUCCAGACCCAGACAUUUUUUACAGAAAAUUUUAUAAUCAAUACGAGUCGUAUUAGACCGACGCAGAAAGCGCGCGCAAUCGUAUUGGUCCCAUUGCUCGUAUUGGUCGCCUCGUAUUGACGUGGCGCCAGGGCCCCCAAGAUGGUAGGCCCGCCCAGCCGCCUGCCCUGAUUGGUAUACCGUAAUCGCGUCGCGAAAAACGACCGCGCGCCGCUUGGAAACUUUUGAAAGUACUGAAGUAGCCACGCCACUAAAAAAAAAAACAACUCGGCGCCGCGCCUGCGGCGCGGCUUUUCCUUUUCCUUUUGGUAAACAACGGCUAACAAAUUAAUGGGAACUAGCGGGCGCUUGCUCUUGCUGGCGACGCCACUGUUUCCAAAUACGCCCGCAGCGCAGCGCUGCUCCUUCUGCGCCCCUGACUCCUAUGCUUCGCCAUAUGAGUUUGAGGGGCCGGGCAGAGUCAAGCAUCGCCGCCAUUCAUCGGCGCCUGAGUUGGUUUGUUCCAUCCUUGGACUCAGACUAGAAACAGGCUUCAUUAGAAGUGGGGGGCCUCUCUCUCGAGAUUUAGUUGUCCCAGGGGGACGAGGGCCCGACCGCGUAUCAUGUCCCGCGCCCGUCCUGUGUCAUCUUAGAGGGGAAAGCCCCAUGAAGAUCGCAGCACCAUGGAGCCGUGGGCCCGCACAUUUUCGAAGGAAAGUUGAAGUGGCUAUCUCAACGCUCCUCCAUGCAGGAGAGUUGAAGGAGCCGCUUCAGCAACCUUUGCACCUCUUUUGUCCUUCAUUUCUGCAUGACAAAUUUCCAAACUUGGAAACUUGGCAUCCAUAAAUGAAGGGCCACAGAAUGAAAGCCAAAGUUGUUGAAGUGGCCACUUCGGCUUUUCCUCCAUCGGAGAUAGGAAAGUUUAAGUGGCCGCUUCGUCAGCAGUGAGUAGUUUGUUUGCCCCUCAUUUCUGCAUUGCACAUUGCCAAUCAUGGUGGCAAUUUGUAUAAGCUGAAACGAAGGACAAAGAAAAGCGCUUCCUUUGUGCUUCGAAAGUUCCGGCUCCCGCUCGUGGGAGAACGAAAAAGCUGUGACGUGAGUAAAGAUUUUACUGCUCAGGUCCGGCGGCCUAUUAAGUAAAACUUUUACUCAGGUCCGAUGGCCUGAGUAAAAUCUUCAGCCAGGAGGAGCAGGGCCAUGCCGAAAAAAUUGCUCGCGAGCGGUCGGGAUGAGAAAAACCCGCUUGAAAAUUCAGAAAACGCUUGCCUUGAGAAAAUUUUGCCGGAGACCGUGAGGGCAGAAACGUAGUGAAAUAAAGAUAAACUUUGAUAUAAGAUGAUGAACCUGUUCCAACUAACAAAUUCAUUUUGAAUUUUUUGUAUGAUGAGAUGCUCUUGCAGUAAGUAGUUGUCUAGAAUGCAAUUUAUCGUGCUAUAGUUUUCUGCAUCCGAGGAGCAAGCUGAUGUCAGGUUGCGUUUUUUGCAACGACAACUACAUAAUAUCAUCAGGUACGUCCGUCUUCACAGCAUGCUCUUCCCCGCUCCGGUACCCUGAGUAAAAAUGUCGCGGACACCACCCCAGAGUUGUCAUGCUGAUUCGCAAUUAUGACAGGAUCAAGAAUAGCAACAGUUUCAGUUGUUGUAAUGCGGACCCCCUUGUUGAGUGUGAGAGAUACAUAUGAUAAAUUUCCAACACCCCCAUGAGAGAUACUUAGCUCCAAUCGUUUUUUGGCAUUUGUAAUGCUGUGAAGAGGAUGAGGAGAUAGCUUUGUGAUGUGGCUGAUGUACUUGCUGAACUACACUACACCACAAUCCGCAGAGGAACUUGGCAUGCGCGACUCUUAAUAAAAAACCUCUGGACUUGUAAUAUUGCUAUUGAGUUUUGUUCAUCAUUGACUCGGGGUUGAGGACGUUUUUAUACGGAAUACCCGCCUGCCAGCGAAGACGAGCCUGCGUCAAAGAUAUGAAUUGCAAAAGUAUCGUACUGGUAUAAAUGCAUGACAAAUUCCCUCAGCAUGAGAAAUAAAAUUUGUUAUGCGGAUUUACCUUGAGGAAAAAAUUUGUAAUGCAUGACUGCAAUUACUACGAGUGCGAUACUUUUGCAGUGCAUAAAAGAUGCCACAGCUCGAAACUUUGAAGCACCAGCUGAAUGUAUCCCACGAAAAAACUGUUUCACUGUGAUGAUGAUUUUGCAAGAUCUGCAUCACAAGUUUGUCACACAUGACAGAGAAAAUUUUCCAUGCGCGCUUCCAAUUGGAAAUAAACACCCCUAAGGAGUCAAGGUCUUGCAGGUGUAGCAAGACAAAUAGUUCUGCGUUCCAUUCUAUGCAUCACAAGUUCACAGCGAAACAGUUUUUUCUUGCGAUAGAAUGCGGUAGCAGAGGCGAAUCAGCUUGGAACCAAGGAGAGCCUGCUCCCACCCGAAUUGCUGAACGAAAUCGAAUAUCAAAUGCAAAUACGUCUGGGUGUGGAAACAUGCAAAGUUUGUCAUGCAUAUUUAGCAUGACCCCCCGCCCCGUGAUGCCUGUAAUGCAUGGCCUAGCAUGACAGAUUUGUAGAGGGCUUCCUUACGCCUGUUCUGCGUGAGAAAUGCCCUCUCCGCGUAGUACAAACUGGGCUCCUCUUGCUCGCUGCAAUGCAGAUCUUUUUCGAAUCCAGAGACUACAGCAUCAUAAGUUGCAACCUUCCAGACAUCCAGGGAUGUUUGCGUUUGAUACCGAGCAAAUUCUCCACGAGCGGUGGACCCAAUAUCGCGAGAAAAAACUGCUCAACUUGUAAUGCGGACAUGACUCGAGACAGUCAGAUUUCAAUUUUUGUCAUGCUCGACAUGCAGGAAGGUUGGUCAUGAGCUUCACACACGUUUUCUCUUGCUGUUUGAAGCAUGAUCAUAAGUUUUGUUUAUCUUGCUUCGGGAAUUCCAAUUUGUGUUGCUGAGUCUGCAAAGAUUUGAGACUGAGACAGUUUUUUCUUGGGAUACCCACGACGUCAGGCAAGUUUUGUCCGAAAUCGACAGCUGCGGCACGCAAUUGGAAAACAGCCGCGUUUAUGGAUUGCAAAUAUCCCUGGAUGUCUGGAACGAAGAUUGCAACUUGUCAUGCUACAUCCGAAUCAUGCAAAAAUCUGUGUUGCAUGAGUGCCAAAAGCUGUUCACUUUCUACCAACUUGGCAAGGAGUUUCUCAUGCAGGAUGGGCAUGACAGAGAUGUUUGCAAUGCAUAGCGUUAGCAAAAUCGCCGAACUGCAGCGGUUGGUCGACUAUCUUGUGCAAAAGUAUCGUACUCGUACAAAUGCUAAUGCAAGUCUUGCAUUACAAAUCUUGCAUUCAAGGCAAAUCUGCAUUACAAAUUUUAUUUCUCAUGCUGAGGAAAUUUGUAAUGCAUUUAUACGAGUACGAUACUUUUGCAGUUCAUAUCGACUGUUGCUCUCUCGUCGGUGUUAUCCUGUGCAAAAGUAUCGUACUCGUAUUGCAGUCCUGCAUUACAAAUUUUUUUCUCAAGGUGAAUCUGCAUUACAAAUUUUCUUUCUCAUGCUGAGGAAAUUUGUGAUGCAUUAAUACGAGUACGAUACUUUUGCAGUUCAUAGGUGUGGGCAAGGGGGCAAAAGGAUCCGUGGAAGCGUCGUGCAGACUGAAAACCGACGACCAGCUACGAACCGAGGCGGAAUGCGUACUGGAGACCCUGAAACUGGACUAUCCUACUUAGUAAAAACGUCCCCACACGACCAUAGUCAAGAUGGGAAUAAAUCUGCUAGACAAUAAAUCCACAACCAAGGCUUGGUUGUUGCGCAUGACAAGUUUGGGCGAGCAAUUGAAUCGUAUUCAGCUAGUUUACCAGCAUCACAAAUCUAGAAUUUCAUGCUGAUUGGAGAGCAUGGCAAAAUGAUCCGCAACAGGAGGAGAAAACGCUUGUUCUCAUGGGUUCUUCCGCAUGGGAAACAUCUUCAGCAUGCAGAAUUGCAUUACAGCUAGGGGGCGGGGACGUUUUUACAAAUGAUAUGGGCCAGCUGUGGUUCAAAACGACGGAGACUCUGGCGAAAUCGGGUAUCCAGUGCAAAAGUAUCGUACUCGUAUUCUUACAGUCAUGCAUUACAAAUCUUUUUCUCAAGGUAAAUUCGCAUUACAAAUUUUAUUUCUCAUGCUGAGAAAAUUUGUAAUGCAUUUACACUACUAGUACGAUACUUUUGCACUGCAUAUCGGCCGAGCGGGGACAACAGGGUGGCGAAGGUUUCCGUGCGGAGCUAUCAAAUGCAAAAAUAUCUGGGUCUGGAAGGUUGGAAGACUUGUCAUGCAGGUCUUCCAUGACACGUGAGGUCUGUCAUACAUGACCCAGCAUGACAGAUUCUGUCUCACCUCUAUCAUGCCUCGUCUGCAUGAGAAACUUCCUUUCAACUUGGUCAAAAGUGGACAGCUUUUGGCAUUCAUGCAACACAGAUUUUUGCACGAUCCAGAAUUAGCAUAUACAGGUUGUAACCUUCCAGACCCAGACAUUUUUGCAAUGCAUAGGAGCAAGGGGAAGAGGAGUUUCCGCCGGCCCCUGAAGCUGUCGAUGGUGGAGCAGGUAGUGCGGAGGCAAUGACAGUGGAAAACGAGGGGGACGGAGGUAUAAAUUAUAUAUUCGAAUAAAAUGAUUGACUGUUUGUUUUUACAAGAAAUUUUCCGCCACAGGAAGAUAGACUGACAUGAAUCAAGCACGCAUGAACAUAGAAAAUAACGGUGGACGCCUUUAUUUUUUCAUCUAAUUUCAAGUACUUGUUCCUGCAUCUGAAUAUUAAACGAUGACGAAGCAAGCAUCUUCAUCAGCUUCACACAGAAAUAUAUAUUUUCGUAAACGUUUAUCCUAGUAGGUGACAAUGCUGUCGGUCAACCAUAUGGAAGUGUCAGGAUGGAAAAAAUCGACAAAGUUUGUAAUGCAGAAAAUCGAUACCAGUUCCACUUCCACUUGGACCUUUUGGAACCCAGUUUAUUCUACGCGGCGCAUGAUAAAUUUUGGCAACUAUUACACCUAGAUCGAGUGCGCCAUGCUGUUUGGCGGGCACGACGAAGACUUCUUUUGUCGUGCUAUUCUAACAGCAACAGCCCUGUCAUCUCAGACCACAAACACGCUUGCAAUCGGCCUCACUUGAUGUUGCCAGAUCCCUGCAAGACCACUGCCACUUGAUGCCUUCCAUUUUGUGCAUGACAAGGUGUUUCGAUUUCGAUCCUGACACCUCCAUACACCAGCGGAUGGCGAGGAAGUAGGUCUGACCGAGGAUGCAGCAGUAUUGGCGUCAGCGGACACGACAACACUCGAGAAGAUGCCAGCACAACCAUUCUAUGCACUGCAAAAGUAUCGUACUAGUAUAAGUCGCAUGAUAAUGAUAAAUUUCCUGAGCAUGAUGAGAAAAGAAAUCUGUAAUGCGGCUUUACCUUGACAAUGAAAUUUGUAAUGCAUAAAUGCGAUUAGUACAACGAGUGCGAUGCUUUUGCAGCGCAUACAUUCGGGGAUGCGAAUGACCUGAAAACGCUGAUCACCGCCAUGGAAACGGCGUACAAAUACCGCGACUCGGCUAUGGCGUUCUCAACUGUUAAGUAUAUUCUCGGCUGUUACAUAUACAUGGACUUGUGAUGCAAGAAUGGAAAAAGUGAACGGGGUGACAUUCCGCGUCUUGCAUGACAGAUUUUGCACAGAUUCUCAGCCUCUUAGGCUCUUCGAGAAUUUGUCACGCGAAGCAGCUUGAUGGUGUCGAUUCUGAAUCUGAAGGUAAUUUGGCAUGACAAAUCAUGCAACAGUAUGAGAAUGUAACACUUGAGAGCGCCAUAUCGGCCACCUACCUCUGUGCGCAGAUCCAGCAGCGGGCGUUAGAAGUGUCGCGAAUGUUAUCCGACUUGAAAAAUACACAUGUUGUGAUCGUGGGAUCUUCUUCGACAAACAAUAAAACUGCACUUUUUCAUGAUGAUCCUGCCUUGUUACAAGAAAAUUUCGUCAUCGUCGCGUCCCUGGUGUUCUGUACAAGACACGAAAUUUUUCUAUCCUCUCCCACAGAGAAGAUGAAAAAGAAAAUGCACAUCAUGCAGUUUAUUUUACUUGGUUUUUUUUCCUUUGAUACCUAUGGGUGACCAGCAGUGGCGUGUUAUCUGACUUCCCGACAAAUUUUCAUCUUGGAAAAGUGAUGAGCUACGGACUUCUCACUGCGUUUCCACCGGUGUUCUAGAAAGGAGUGAGAAGUCAGCGACUUCUCGUUUCUGAAGCAUUUUCAUUUGUGAGAAUUCACUGAUUUCUCACUUCUGAAAAGUUUUCAUGUUGAAAAGCAAGAAGUCGCUUCGCUGACUUCUCACUUCUGAAAAGUUUUCAUUUGGGAAAAGUGAGAAGUCACUGAUCUCACUCGGUUUGCCGAACAAUCCGAGAAACGGAGUGGGAAAUCAGUGAUUUUUCACUUUUGAAAGACUCUCACUCUGGUUGGAGUCACGCUGACUCUUCCCAGAGUGAGAAUUUUUCAAAAGUGAGAAAUCAGUGAUUUCUCACUACUUUUCUCGAAGGUACCCGAGCACCGAAUGCCCUUCGGAGCUCGGGUACCUUCGAGAAAAGUAGUGAGAAAUCAGUGAUUUCUCACUUUUGAAAAAUUCUCACUCUGGAGUCGAACUCCAGAAAAAGUUUCCAGCCGUCAAGAUUUUGCGAGAGUGAGAAGUCACUGAUUUCUCACUUCUUUUCUCUAAGCCUUUCGGGAUGUGUAGGUGACUUCUCACUCCGAGUGAAAAAGCCAGUGAGCUUGCACUUGGUUUUUUGAAUGUCUUCGGGAGGCAGCGCGAAAGCUCGCUGCGUGCGAAAAGUUAAUGGAAUUUCAUUCCCCCACUUCUCCAGCCUAUUCGUAAAACGGAGCGAAAAGGCGCGGACUUUUUACUCCCUCCCUGAGGGGCCCUUUGGGCGAGCCCGAAGUGCAAAGCCAGCGCGUUUUCGCUUUUGCUGUCAGCGCGCUCGCAAAGUCAGCUGGCUUUGAUUGCCCCCCUAGGGGGAUUUGUUUUGUGCCGUCGAUCUUCGUGCUGCUGCAGAGGUUUGCGAAGCUUCAAAAGAACUACACUAGCGCGCCAAACUGAUCGACUUGGCGUGAAUUCUGUCCCUCGAAGGCGUCCGGAGAAGUUUUCCGGCGAAAAGGGGGGGGGGGCUUUUGCGAGUCAUGCAUCAUGCAGUUUAUUUUACUUGGUUUUUGUUCCUUUGAUACCUGUGGGUGACCAGCAGUGGCGUGUUAUAAGCGAAAACCAAAAAAAAAUACCAGGCAAGUCGCCAGCGAUUUAGAUGGGAGGGGGGGCACCAGCAGCAGCAACAUGGGGUGUAUAGGUGGUCGCGCGCUUGUUUUCCAAUUUUGGACAGCCAGCAUAAGCCCCAGAACGCGCAUGGCCGGCGCAGGUUGCCAUUGUGGCUGCUCUUACCUUGGCCAGCCCCGGGCUUGAUGCGUGGGCAGUAUGCCGGCGGAGCGAUCGGCGCCGGGCGGGGGAAAACAAUGCGCGGCCCGGAAGGAUGGGCAACAGCUAGGGGGCGCCAGAAAAGAAAACGCUAAGCGCAAGCAGUCCAGCUGUUCCUUUUUUCAGGUUCAUUGCGCUACCCAUCUGCUGGCAUUUGCUCGUGGUCCAGCCCUUCCGCCCCUGUAUCUGUGGCUGCGCCCGCACUGCUUCGCCAGACGCGGUAUGCGUCAGCGAGAGUAUGUUUUCGUAUGGCAGAGGUCAAGAAAACAGAGAAAGCUCGUAGCAGUAAACAACGAAAAACGGACCAAAGGCCUGCGAAUUUGGCGGGGUUUCGCUUCGAAGACAAUCAUUGCAAUUUUCACGACUUAAAAAUUGAUGCAAAAUAGUAGCGAGCAGGUUCACCAUCGAAAUGAGGAAAGUUGGAGGUUUGUCCCAGCAUAGUUUUUUUUCCUUUGAUGCCUGUGGGUGACCAGCAGUGGUGUGUUAUCCUGAGCAAAAACGUCCCCACCUCAUAGUCAAAGAUGGGGACCUUGCAACACAAACCUGAUGAAAGUGUCGGGAGUCACGCAUGACAAGUUGCAAGCCGUAGUGUAUUGAUACCGCAGGUUCUUAGCAAGGACAGUCGCGUUACAAAUCCAUCUCCUCAUGCUGAUUCCAAAACACGAUGGAAAAUGGCUCUCAAUCUCAUGUUGUUGGGGAUGCGCAUUACAAAUGUUUCUGCGAUUGCAAAUUUGCAUGACAACUACUCUGAGGUGGGGACGUUUAUUUCACCCAGCAUACGUGAUGCCAGAGGACGAGCUGGAGGACUUGCAGCUACAACUGGACCAGCAGGGUAAUAUCAUAUUACUAUCGAUGUUUUUUUGUCAUGCGUAAACAUGCAAUACAGACGGCAUCUGUGAUGCGGAAGCUGUAUGCGUCGAGUGAAGAUGAUGAAAAAUCAUGAAAAUGAUGUCCACGACCUCCUCCAGGUUGGUCCGUCUUAUCCUAUCACGCGCUGAACGAGCACGCUCUGGACCCUGUGCUGUCGCCAAACCUCUGCUCCCACGGGGCCACGGCCUUUGCGAAAAUUAAUCCCAGUAUUUUGCUGCAGAUCUUGGAGUAUGCACUGCAAAAGCAUCGCACUUACUAGUAUGAAUUGCAUUACAAAUUAGCCCAGCAUGAAAAGCUGAAUUUGUCAUGCUGAAUUACCUAAGAAACCAGAUUUGUCAUGGUAGUCUGGCAUUUAAUAUAAAAGUACGAUGCUUUUGCGCAGGAUAUGGAGGAGCACAGUCAGGAACUGCAGAUGUACAGAAACCUGUUUUAUCACAGCUUGAAGGUAUGAAAUGCAAAAGUAUGAUCGUACUAGUAGUAGAAAUCGCAUUACAAAUUUCCUCAGCAUGAUGAGAAAUAAAAUUUGUAAUGCGGAUUCACCUUAAGGUUAUUUGUAAUGCAUGACUGCAAUUGCUAAAUCUAAACGAGUACGAUACACUUUUGCAAUCCAUAAAAGGCCUUGAAGGACAACUUUGCGGACCCGAGUAACGCUGCGUUUAUCCAGUGCAAGAGCAUCGUACUCGUAGUAAUUGCAAUUAUGUAUUACAAAUCUCCAUCCCAAGGUAGAACAGCAUGAGAAAUUCCUUUUGUCACGCGGUAAGGUAAUUUCAAUUUGUAAUGCAAUUACUACUAGUACGAAGCAGUUUUGCAAUGCACCGCGUUUCGGGAGAAAUUGAAUUCCGACGAGGUAUUAUCCCACGAAAAAACUGUUUCACUGUGGUGAUUUUGCAAAAUCUGCAUCACAAGUUUGCUACGCAUGACACUGAAAAUCUGUCUGGGGGGUUCCUAAGGGAAAACACAGCUAGAAAUCACUUGUCUUGCAUGUGUAGCAUGACACACACUUCUGCGAUCCAUUUUCUGCAUCACAAGUUCACAGUGAAACAGUUUUUUCUUGCGAUAGGUAUUGCGGCUGAAGACGUUACUGGAGGAUUUCAUCCUGACCGGUGGCAACCCUGGGCAGGUGCUGCACAACAUCGACGGUACCAUUUUGCUAUCCUGUGCAGAGGUAUUGCACUCGUAUAAAUGCAGGUCUUGCAUUACAAAUUUCUUUUUCAAGGAAAAUCGGCAUUACAAAUUUAAUUUCUCAUGCUGAGAAAAUUUGUAAUGCAUUUAUACGAGUGCGAUACUUAUUUUGCAGGUCAUAUUUUCUGGAAGCGCAGAUUCUGUUCAAGCUCUUGAUUCCUUUG